AAGAUCAGAUCAUAUCAACUUUAUUAUAACCCCAGAUUCUCAAAACUCGAUCUCAAGAUGCCUGCUGAUCCUAUUGUCUCGACUGGCCGCGGUGGCGCCGGUAACAUUGGGCAUGAUGAGACGCCCUACACUGAUGCCAGCAUCGUCCGUGAAGGACCCGUAGGCGAAUCCACUGACGGGGCCACCUUCUCCACUGGCCGUGGCGGUGCUGGUAACAUCGGUUCGCCAUCUCUCGGUCCCCAGCGCGGCCGUCGCGGGUCGCAGGACGUGAUCCCGGAGCAAGCGCUCCGCGAGGGACAGGCUGACUUCCACACUGGGCGCGGCGGCGCCGGCAACGAGCACCGCGAGAAGUACGGUGGGCACAGCAAGAGCCCAUCGCGAGAACGUCUGGGCGACAAGGUCAAGCACCUGCUGCACAAGGACCACAAGGACCACAAGCAGGAGUCGCCUUUGCAGAACGCGGAGGCGGCUGAAUAGAUAUCUGUAUCGAGAUCUGGGAUGGGCUCUAGAUAUGGAGAAAGGAAAGGGGUUAUGGGCGUCACGUCAUGAUGAUACCACAUCGACUGGUGCGGAAGACAUUUCAGUCGAAGAUGCUUUUUUGGAUUGUUUUUAAAUAGUGUAGUUAGACAACGUUAAAGUUGCAGAAAAGUGGUGUCAUUGCUCCCAUGCUGAAGCGUGACCCUGGGGCUUCGUUCUACGGGGGGGUAACCGAGGCGUCUUAUCGAUAAGACAUGGCGUUAUUUGCAUC